UUUAAAUUCAAAGAAAUAUUGUUAUGGUCACUUCUGUGAGUUUUUUACAUCUUUCCAUAUUAGAGUUUUAUUAGUUAUCUUAAGGCGGUUUCAAAUGAUUUCAUCAAUCUUGGUCUUUGCUUUUAAAUUCUACAGUGGAAUUUACUUGUUCAUUGGUGUGAGUAAUUUUCAGAAUCUUACCAAACAGCCUGUGGCAACUGAAAUACUAGAAUUUUAUAUAUUAGACUUUUUUGUUUGUACACAGUGCAACAAAAACAAAUUAUGCUGAAAACCCAACUUCACUGAGCUUCAGUGACUUAUACAACUAAUUGAAAGAUAUUUUUUUCUGUAAUUAAAAAAACAAAUCUGAUCUAUGUAUUUGACAGGCAAAGCAUAUCUUAUGGUUAUAAUCAUUUUUCAUAUCACUUUGUUAUUUUAUUUCCCUAUUCUGACUAAAUAUUUUGUAGAUCAUUUGGCCCAUCUUGUUCCAGAACUUACAUAUGUUAGAAGUUUGUUCAAUAUUUGUAGACCAAUUUUAUUAUUCUGUGUACUUAAAUUGUGCUUUAAAGCUCAGCUCUAUAAGGAAAGUUACCAUCAGUGUCAGAAAAUGUGAAAACUCUCCAGUAGCUUAGAACAUUCAAGGUGGCCACAUAUUAACAGUAUGCUGUCGGCCAUUGAGUCCCCUCAGCCCUGGGGACAGCUGACAAGAUUCUGGAGCCUACAGGCCAUUGAACUUCAGCUAAGAGCAGAUUCCUCUAGUUUCCUGGGCAGCCCAAAUGCAACAGAAUCGAGGAUGUGAUGAUGUGUCCUCUGGCUGUGCUACUUGGUAUUGAGUGUGGUCAGUGAGGUGCUUUACUGUGUGGACACCUUCUGCCACCAACUGCAGAGCACGCAGCAUCAACAGGGGGGCUGAAGGAGGUAUGGGAUGAAUUUACCUUGCAGGAGCCUAAGAAGCUCUGCAGCAGUCCAAGUUGAGGCUGGGGACACAGAUCCACUUCUCCAUCCCAUACCUCUCUAUUCACAUAGACACACGUACGUUAGUCCUUUUGUGGCUGCCAUAUCUUUUGCAGCAGACUCCAGUCCAGACGCAUUGCUCUCCCAAUGCAUGCUCAUUCUGCAAAUUACAGCUUCAAUGUAUCGCUACAAAAAAGUCUGAUUGGAUUUGAAAUCAUUGGCAUCAUCACAUGAAUAUUCAACAUGACGUUGUCUUGAACAGGAAAGAAUGAUUGCUUCAUUUCUUUAAAUAUAACCUCCAACUAUUUUAAACGUAAAAAAACGAUUUUAAAUGUAAAAAACGAUUUAAAAAUGUUUAUAGCUCUUAUUUUGUUGUUAGUGACUAUCUAGAGCUUAACUUUUUAAGAAAAAUGUGAACUGAUUUUAUGUAAACUUUAUGCACAUUUAGUAUUUAAAUCACUUCUAAUAUUUUUGUUUUAUUUUUAACACAUAUGUUAAAUGCAAAGAAAACGUAGCUAAAUGUUUUACUAAGCUCCGGGGAGCCUUAUCAUUUUUCUCUAUGACAUAACUGAAAACUCUGGGGAAGCACCUUUUAUUAGGGAUUUUCGGUAAUUCACGUGUGUGCACGGUUCUCCAGAGUGCUUCCAAAACUGGGCACAAGGCCUUUUCUGCUGACUCUGUGUGGCAUGCAGAUCCCUCAGCCUCAAAAGAAAUCAGUCCCUUCCUUUAACUGCAAGAUACAGUUAACAACACCACACACGGUCCCCUUGGACCAUGCGUAUAACGUUUACGCCCCAUUCCUCACUAGACUGGCAAACCGAUCAGCAGACAGGCUCAUGCCUUCAAGUUCACCCUCCGUGCCAACUGCCUUGGACAAAGUAGUUACCCAGACUCCAUUUCUGCAUAUGGCCCUCUGGCUCUUCGAAGCAAUGUACCAUCAUGUGCCAUGCUGGUGAUGUCACAAGACGCGAAGUCAAUGUUAGCACAUAGCCCAACGACAAGAAGUCAUAAACCAUAUUUGAGAAGUACGUCCAUCCAGUGCUAUUUGUGUUUACUCCUGAACAGUCACUUUUUAACCGAGGCCGGCAUUCAUGUCUUCAUUUUGGGCCGUGUCAGUGCAGGUCUUCCUAAAACAGAGUCAAACUGGCAGUAUGUAAUAAGAGAUUUGCAAAAAUUUGAAAAUCUUAUUCAAUCUAUACAUAUUGAUGCUACUUUAUAUACGGAAAGUUCUGUUCAUCCCAGUUGCAAAGUAACGGCGAUGAAGUGCUUUCUUCUGGAAUUCCAUGUUAUUUGGCAGGAGUCGAAUAAUAUGGACGUUAGAGAGACAAUAGAAAACCUUAUCAUCCUAGCAAACAAAAGUUUAUCUUCUAAUGGAAACGUAACGGAAUCUGGAUGCAAAGAAUGCGAGGAGCUGGAGGAAAAAAAUGUUAAAGAAUUUUUGCGGAGUUUUAACCAUAUUGUGCAAAUGUUCAUCAACACUUCUUGAUUGCAUCCGAUCCUCUUCAGCAUUUCUGUUAUUAACAAACACCUUCCAGUUGCUUAGAGGCAGUGAAACACUGCAUUUCAAACGUUCUGCCAAAACAACUUUUCCAGCAAGAAGACGACCAGGAUCUUGGAUGAGAUGAACUCUUAAACAUGAAGGCAGAGAAAUGGCAUUGAGUAACAUGGUGUCUACAAGAUGUCCUCAGACUUAUUUUGUUCAUUUAUUUUUAAUUUAUUAUUGAAGUUGUACAUAUUUGUAGCAUAAUGUAAAAUGUUGAAUAAAAUUAUGUACAUAUUUUAUCAUUUGAAA